AUGUGCACUGCCGCCGUGCCGCGUCAUGCGCGUACCCUGGCUUGGCGGCGCAUGCCCUGCACCGCCCAAGGUGCUGCACCACCACCACCGGAUCCGGUUUUACCGGCACGGUAUCGUAUCAGCAGAUCCGAGCGCGGCAGUAGUGCUGGCGCUGGUGCUGACACUGAUCCAGCGGCAUUCGUGGAUGAAAAUGUGUUGGCGGUUGACAGUGAUGGUGCAGGUGAUGGGGCUAAUGAGCCGGAGUCACCGGCAGGUACUGCAGAGGACACAGCCCCGGUACAGGUGCCACCCGAAUUGCAGCCAUAUCCACCACGGGUGCAGCCACGGCCUUGCAUCGAUGAUCCACGGAGUGUGGAGGUGCCGUUCUGCAUGCGCCUUGAUGCGGACUUGCCAAACCGGACCAUGUUCUGUGACGAUGAUGGCCCUGACCGAUUCACUAUCUGCACCUCUUGCGAGAAGGCAUUGACAGCACGCCGAGUGCCUGAAGCGGCUCUGGCGCGACUCGAUCCGGGCGACGUGCCAUCUACCAAUCACCUAGGCGACCCGUUGCCUGCACCCACGUUUGUGGAGAGUCAGCUGUUGGGGCGGGGCCGUCUCAUGCAGCAGCUAAUGAUUGUGCAUCUCACGGGCCGCCCCCCCGAGGUGUUGCCGUGUGCCGUACAGUCACAUGGCAUCGCGGUCGUAAACCCCGACCCCAAUAUGCUACGGGGCCAGCUGCCCGCACGCAUUGCGGAUUUGGCUGGCGCUUUCACGGUGGUUUGCGUGGAUCAAGUCCGAGACCGGCAGGACUUGCUGGAUCGCGUCCGCCGUGCACCAGGCCUGAAAGUUCGAGGCAACGUCAUCGUCGCCUGGGUGCGUUUCCUUCAGCAUAAUGACGACGAUGAAGGUGCGGUGGACGAAGAAGCUCUACAGGAGUAUGAGCGUAUGGGAUGUGUUGCGCGAGUACCAGAGGCACUGCUGCACUCUGCAAUCGGUCCUACGGAUCCAGAAGUCGCUGGUGUACUGCGGAGUACGUUCCUGCACGACCGUACCGGCGCUGCUGGUGUACGACAGCUGCAGGAGACGUUGCAAGGAAACGUUGCUGGUGAGAUCAUUCAGGGUGGUGGCGCUUAUGGAUCACCGCUUGAUACAGGUCCUGACGGGCCCACGGCCAGAACAACUGCCUCUGACACUCGUAUGGCAGCUGAUGCCGAUCUGGGCGUUCCGAAUGAACUGGAGGUGGUCCUUCCGCAACCAGCUCCUGUUCCGACGGACGGCAGCGACUUUGAUAACCGGCCCAAUGUGGUGCAUGACCUGCUCACCGGGCGUGCACGUCUCGCAUUCGCUGCUGGCGGCCGUGGCGCUCAGGUCCUGGAUGACCGCCAUCCAGCCAUCCUUAACGUCUGCUUCCCGGUCUCGUUUCCAUAUGGUUUGUCCGGACAGCGGCCACCGGGUAUGUCGUUCGCCUCAUAUUGCAGCCACCUUGUACGGCGGGUGCCACGGUCGCAGUUCAGCAGCAACUUAAUGCUGCUUGCCCGAAUGUAUGAUAUCAGCGUGCGGCAACAAAGCAUGGCGCAGGUAGGAGUGGCCCUGCGCAUGCGACCACGACUGGGUGGACCAGCGGCACGGGUACCGAGGGAUGUGGUACGCACCAUGGCGGACAUCUUGGCGCUGCCAUACCGUCACGCCCAGCGACGGCAGCUGCUGUCGCAGCAGUCGCCCGUGGUGCGUGCCCUCCUGGAUGGCGCACGUGCCAGCCUCCUGCGAAUCGACCUUACAGAUACCUACUAUAAUGGUGCAAAGGCCAUGAUGCGUGCGGCUGCCCUCACCAUCGGCUGGCCACCAUUGUUCUUCAAUCUCAACCCGGCGGACAUGCAUGCUGGCUGCGCUGUUGUAGCCUCUGGUCAGCUUAUAGAGUUCGACGACGCCGGUCGUCCGACCCAGAUCAGCAGCACGGUGGAAAAGUGGCGCCGCGUCAAAGAAGACCCGCACAGCUGCGCGGCACUGCUCAUCGCCACAAAAGAGGUGUUGGUGGAGCAGUUGUUUGGCUUUGCACCUGGAGCAAUGCGGCAGACUGACCCUAACUGCUUCUGUGGGGUCGUAUUCGAGGUAGUCGUCAAGGUUGAACAGAGCGGGCGAUUGGCGCUACACUUGCACGGAGUCGCACACCUCGAGUGCUUCGCACUGGACAACCUUCAGGUGUUAUUCUGUGGACCCAACUGCCGAGCUCUGGCACUUGCAUACGCGCUGUGCGAAAUGUGGUACCCCUCCCCAUACUAUGCUCCGGCACCGGACAGCGGGACACAGCCUCUGGUCAUGGGUAUGUCUGAUGCGGAAGUGCAGCAGCACGGUCUACCCGUGCCAGCAGUGCAGGCGGACUGCCCACCUGCAGCAUACAACUUCGAACGACUGGCGGGGUGUGCAAACGGCGAACUGCCGCCUCCAUCACGACAUGCCGCCUGCCGUGCCCAUCACGCUGCCGUCAUACGCAGUACCCUCACCCACAGCCACAGUUCGACGUGCAAGCGGCAUGGCUGCCGCGGUACCGAUGACAGCUGCGGCAUGGCCUUUCCCCGACUCAUCCGCACAGCCUUUCAAUGGAUCGGUACCACCGGCCUAUUCUUGCUGCCCCGCCUGGCACCCAACCUCGUGCCACACAUGCCUGCCAUUGCCCUCGCCUUCGGCUGCAACCAUCUGAUGUCCCUGGCCUGCGAACCGCCGAGCAUCGACGACACCAUCGAGCUCUUUACCCUGGCGCCGGAUCAGGCCGUACCAUUCAUGCUCAUGGCACGUUAUUUCGACCGCCGCAACGAACCUGAUCCAGGCGUCCCGCCACAGAUGCUCAUCAUGGGUCCUCCGGGCACGGGCAAGACUCAGUUCGUACACGCUCUACUGUGGUACACGUAUCAGCAUGACAGUCCCGACUGGGCCGCCACAUGUGCAUACUCCUGGGCUGCCGCAAUCGCCUUCAACACCCCAGUACACCGCAGCCUAUCGACCCACUCGAUGUUCGGCAUCUCAGCCAGUCAAAGCGGCUCCCGUGGCGCCAACCUUCCCAAGCGCGGCGCCCACGCCGGCCUUCAGGUCAAGCGCAAUGUCGGUGAUGGGGCUGUCCUCAUCGACGAAAUUGGCAUGCAAAGCCACGAGCACCUCGGCGCCAUCAGCCACUCCUGUACAGCCAACGUGCCGCCUCCACCACACCUUGGACCCGCCCAUCCCAGCAGCCGUGUCUUGUCCGGUCGUGUUGCUGGCGGAAUCGGCGACCUGCUGCAGCAUCCUCAGCCAGGCGGGUCGCCGCCAUACCGCUACGCCACCAACGUUGAACGAAACCCCCAGUUCAGUCCCUCGGCACCGUCAGCACAGUGCCGGCCGGCCUCGGCUGACGAACGUGGAGGUGACCAUGCUGACGGCAGCAACAAUGACAGCAGUGAUGCAGAUGACGACACCGACAACCGUCGCGCCACCACCUCCACACGUCGCACUCGUCGCCCCGUGCCACAAACGCACACCCACCUACACGACGGCUUCAACCUGUACCGUCAGCUCGGCGGCACCGUAUUCAUGCUGCAGAAACAGCAGCGGCAAGACAACAGCCCAUCUGGCCAGCAGCUUACCCGCUUCACAACCAUGUUCGGCGGCAUUCAACCCACUGAAGCACGUGUUGCAGAUCUAGUAGACGCACUCAACCAACGCGUCAUCACGGAUUUGUCCGAUCUCACAGACCUCGAACCCCGUGUCGUGCUGCAACGGAACGAACCCAGGCACGCGCUCAACACACGCCUCCUGAUGCUCCAGGCGCGCCGCAAAGGAGCGCGUUUGGUCAGCUGGAACGCGGACCAUGUCCCGGUUAGGCAACAUGGCACAACCCAACAACAGCCACUCUCCCAUGUCGAAAAGGCUGUCGCAAUGCGAGUAAAAGACGCCACCUUCGACCACACCACCGCCGACACUUGGUACUACGAGGGUGCACGUUACACCCUACUCGACACCACUGCUGCCGACGCCGGCGCGUGCCACAACAAUGAAGUCGAGGCAUGUGGCCUGCUUACCGACAGCCGUGAACCGCCCGACGACGGCCGCGGCCCGUACUGGCGCCUCCACUACCUACCUGCAGCUGUCUUGGUCCGUCCCAUUAAAGGGCACACGCCCAAAGUGGUGCUAGCAGACUUAGCGGACUUCGCAACCAAAGGUGCUGCCUUCGCCAUCGUACCACGGCCCUCGCCGGCAGCAAACAUCACCGUGCCAGCCGUCAACACCGGCACCACCACCAAAAAUGUACGUCGAGUCAAUGUACCGCUUGGUGACUACUACGCCGUCACCGACUACUUCGUACAGGGCCGUAGCUUCAAGGAAGAAUGCUGGGUCGCGGACCUUUCCGUCCCGCCCGGUGGCCUCAAGCGUGCAACCAUGUACGUGUUGCUCACCCGCUACAAGACACUCGACCACAUCCGCCUCCUGCGCCCGCUCUCUACCACACCCGACGAACGAACACGAGUCGUCAAACAGUUCAUGGCAGCAACCAAGCUGGACCCCGACCUGGCGGCCGAACUCCGCCUCCUGGAUCGCCGUGCAACCGAAACCCGUGAACGCUAUACGACCGAGUACAAACACGCCCGAAACCUAGAAGAGCGUUGGACCUCCGCAGCCAACACCACCUGA